GGAGGGUUCGGGGCGGUGUCCCCGGGCCGAGUCCGCCCCGCGCUCCAAGCGCUUCCGGGGCACCGCCGGGGCUGGGACGGGCUGAGGCGGCGGUUCCAUCAUGGCUGAGGUAGAGGAAACACUGAAGCGAAUCCAGAGCCAGAAAGGAGUGCAGGGAAUCAUCGUGGUGAAUUCAGAAGGUAUUCCCAUCAAGAGCACCAUAGACAACACCACCACCAUUCAGUACGCUGGCCUCAUGCAUAGCUUCAUCAUGAAGGCCAGGAGCACCGUGCGGGAUAUCGAUCCCCAGAACGACCUCACAUUCCUGCGGAUCCGCUCCAAGAAAAAUGAAAUCAUGGUUGCUCCAGAUAAAGACUAUUUCCUGAUUGUCAUCCAGAAUCCAAUUGAAUGAUUAUGCUGACUCAGUCUGGUUUUUUUUCUCUUUGCUGUUUUAUUUUCCCUGUUUUAUAUUUUAUUUAAUGGUAAAGAAUAGAGCAUUAGUGUUAACUGUGCUGUGACUCUUCAGUAAGGUUUGGGAGAAUUAAAGCAGGUGGUUUUGUUGUCUACAAACAGAAAAAAUGGCGCUUUUUGUAUCACAAGUCAGUUUGAGUGGGAGCUGGUGAAUUGGAAUUGGGCAGUAAAAAAUGCAACAGAUUCUUUUGAUAGCUCAGAUAGUAACAUUCUAGUAAUAAUAACCAAAAAAAUACUAUUCUUUGUAUGCUUCUAUGCUUCUUUUACCACUGAGCUCUGGUUUUUCACUCUUAGUUUUGAAUGGCUCUUAGUUUUGACUGCCUGUCCUCUAGUUCUGUCUUACUCUGUUAGUUUUACUUCAAAAAAGUCUGACCAUAAGAAAUUAAAAAGUGUCACCAGUAACUGGCUUUGUCUUACGUGUUUUGCUUCUCAGGAUUUUAAGUUUUCUUAUGGUUAAGUUUUUCUUCAAAAAACAAAACCUUCCUAGGAGUUUUUUUGUUUGUCUGUUGCUUUCUCUGAACAAGGUUUUGACCCAAGAGCAUGUGCAGUGCACUCACAAUUGGCUCUUGUGUUGCAGCAUUUUCCUACCACCUUCUUUCUGUUCUAUACAGAAUUUGGUUGGCUGAGGAAGGCCAUUGAGGCCACCCAUGGGAGAUUUCACACUGUCAUAGUUCAGUAGCCAGUUUGAUGUGCUAUUUUCCUUUAAUACUUUUUUAUUGAUUCCAUUAAGGACUAAAAAAGCCCACAUGGUUACUCCAAAAUGGUUUUGGGGUUAUUUUGGUGGAGUUUUUCUUCAGAAAAAAACCAAAAACAGGACUGGGGUAUAGUAGGACCCACAGCUGAUCUGUGGGUUAGAGGGUUAAUGAAUGAGGUAGUAUUCUGUGACCAAGAAGUAUUCUGUGACCAAGGCUGUUGGCGUGGAGACCAAGAAGAGAAGAAGAAGAAAAGAAGAUAGCCAUGAAAAAACCCUGCAGCUGGGGAACGUAUUUUUAGAAAGGCUCUGGGAAGAAUAGAGGUGGAGAUUUUUCCACCAAUGAUCCUUACGUUGAUUUAAUGUAGCUAAUGAAGAAAAUGUAAACUGUGUAGAGGGUUUAAAAGACAGCAUGCUUAAUAAACAGAUUUGACCUUCUGAA